AUGGCGGCAACACCCGCCUCCAAAUUAUCGCGACAGGAACACCUUUAUAAGAUUCUGGUAAUAGGAGAAUUUGGUGUAGGGAAGACAUCAAUCAUUCGUCGUUACACUGAAGGGUCUUUUUCUCCUAACUACAAACUCACUAUAGGCGUCGAUUUUGCAUUAAAACUUUUGGAUUGGGAUGAACAAACAAAGAUCAAUCUUCAGCUUUGGGAUAUUGCGGGUCAUGAAAGAUUUGGGCACAUGACUCGAGUAUAUUACAAAUAUGCAAUAGCAGCCAUAAUUGUGUUUGAUCUUUCUCGCCCAGCAACCUUCGACUCUGUCUCAAAAUGGCUUGGUGACGUAAAUUCCAAAGUCAUGUUAGCCAAUGAGCAGCCCGUUCCUGUUCUAUUAUUAGCAAACAAGUGUGAUCUCCAAGAUGUUGAUGUCGACUCCAAACGACUUGAUCAAUACUGUCAAGAAAAUUCUAUUACGGGCUGGUUUCCAACAUCGGCUAAAACUGAUAAAAAUAUAAAUGAAGCAAUGAAAUUCCUAUUAGAGAAAAUUCUGGAGCUACCUUCGGAAAGCCAGCAACCUUCGGAACACAUCUCUCUCUCAACUUCCCUCAGAAAGCCUCAAUUUGACGACUCCUUUGAAAUGGAGAAGGUCACGCCCAAACAAAAAGAACAAUGCUGUAGCUAACACAUGUUUUGUCCUGGUCACAUGUGUAUUAAGAUACACUUUAAAUCUGAACUUGAGUUUCAUUACGACACAAUCUUGGGAAGCAUAAUUUUAGGAUCAAAGUUACAAGUUUUUAAAUAUUUCAUAUCGAAAAGUAUAUCAUUAUUGAGAUUUAAUCUGUCACAACUUAUCAAAGGAAUAAAAUUUCAACUUGACAAA